AUGGAGGACGAAGACGAGCCCGCGCUGGCUCAAAUCGUACUGCCAAUCGAAGUGCUCCGGGCCAACACGUUGCACCUCACGGCUGUGUGUUUCGGUCACGGGGUCAAGGUAGAGGGCCUGGAGAUCAUCAAGAUGUCCAGCUUCGAGAAUGCGAAGGGUGAACUUGGUGACGGGGGCGGGAAAUGGAACCCAGAUGACUACUAG